GACUACAUGUGGUCUUCCGGACCAGCGCUCCUCAGAGAUAAACACGGCUCUGUGUCCUCAGCUGUAAAUAUUGGGGAACCUUUGAACCACUCCCCCUGUUCCUGAGAGUAGACCUACUCGUGCUACAGCUGACACACCACCAUGGCCACGUCUCCCGUCAAAGACUUCCUGGUUACCUAUGUAAUGCCAGAAAAAUGUUAUGAGAGGAUUUUCGUCAGCUUUUACAUAAACGCGCCUUGCCUAAAGUUUAUAAUGAGCAGAGCUGUCGGAUUAUGGAUCAUACUGGACACUUUCCUGGCACAGCUGCUUCAGCUGAUAACGAUACUGUGGAGAAGAAGUGCAGAUGGCCUGAGUCUGUCUUCUGUGCUGCUGCAACUGUAUGCUUUCUCCUGUCCUGUUGUGUACGCCCUGGCCAACAACUUCCCACUCUUUGCCUGGGGUGAGAGGGUCUUUGCCUUGGCCCAGACGGCAGCGAUUGUCUUCCUCAUCUUGCAUUAUCGUGGUGAAACCCUAAAAGGUAUGUUGGUCCUCUUGGCUUAUGGGUGUCUAAUGCUCCUUCUGGGCUCCUACGCAGCAGCGGCAGUUGUCUCAGUGAUGCAGACCUCACGUUUGUCAGCUUUAAUUGCAAGCAAGGUUCUUCAGGCUGGAACCAACUACUGUAACGGUCACACAGGCCAACUGUCAACUCUGUCUGUGUUACUAACGUGGGCAGCGUCUCUGGGUGUUAUCUUUGUGUCUCUGCAGGAGACAGAAAGCUUGUUUGCCACUCUGUCACACACAGUGUCAGCCUGUCUCAGCAGUGUCCUCCUGGCCCAGGUCCUCUGCUACAGGAGCAACACUGCCACCUCUAGAAAGAAGAAUGAGUAGAGGUGGAGGAUGGUGACAAGUGCUGCUUCUUCCUGUCAUUUUGUCAUGUUUACAGUGUUGUUUCUACAUUCAUGAUGGUGUUCUACACACAGAUCUACUAUCUAGAAAAAACAAGUGUCUGUGUAAAUGAAAACUCUUAUAGUCUUGCUAUUUAAUAACUUCAGACAUGUUCUUUCUGUCGUUAGUUUACCAUUAUUGUGAGGGUGAGGGGAUAAAAAAAAACUAUUGUCGCUCCCCAGUGAUUGAAAUAAGAUGACUUUUCUCUCUGGGGUAACACAGCUUUCAAUAGUAUCUGCUGGUGACAGGCAGUUGUUGAGUGUAUUUGGGUUAACUGCUUUCAAUUCAAGUACAAACUGACAGAUCAUCUACAACAAUUCUUCCUCAAAUUCUUCCUGUCUGAGUACGGUAAUUCUGAUGCUGCAGACAGGAACAAACAUACAAGCUUUUGUCAGAUCAGGUAAUUUGUCUGAUUAUUUCCUCCUCUAUGGGUGAUGGAACAUUCCGAUGAUGAUUCACGCCAUGUCGUGUCAGAUUUACCUUUGUUGCAGUUCUACUCAUACAUUUCCAAGCACCAAACAGCUUCAGUAAAUGGGAUGUUCCUAAUGCAAGAUUACACAACACCUUACUGUAAACUGGGAGCAGGAAGUUUAGCGUUUAGCUUGAGGGUUUUUUCAGAAAGGAGUGUCCAUAAUGCUAUUGUCAAGAUCUCAAAGAUUGCAUGCCAUCAACCUUAAAGUUAUUUUUUACCAACAUAUAGGAUUUGGAAUACAAUGUAACCUGUUGAUGUUUUUAGAUGAAUUCCUGAGCAUCAAAUUGGUCUGUAAACGCUUUUUCAUGAAUUAUUUGGACUGGCUUCUGAGCUAAUGCUAUCCACUGUGGACGAGAGGUUCAGUAAUACUCCAGACAUUUGUAGGAGCUCUGCCAAGACACACUAAGGUGACAGCAUACGUGCACCAAUGACACAUUAACCUUGUUUGUUUUGGCAAUGACUUGUUUGUUUCCAGCCAACUUAACAGACAAAUACUAGUAAUGUGGCUCACCAGCUAUGUAUAAUAAACCAUUUCUUUGUGGGGUUUUACUGUUACACAUUUAUGGAUUUUCUUACUUUCAUACCUGUUUCAUAAACGCAUUCUGAACUGAAUUUAAUAAUACUGUGAAUUGUCUCUUAACAGUCAGAAAUAAAAUAAAAGAAUGAACAGAG